UAUGGUGGAGAAGAGUAGAUAUAAGCUGGAUAUCUGCUCUGAAUGCGUGUGCUCUUGCCAGCAUCAGUUUGUGGUGCCAAUCCUGAAUCCUGGUGGCAUCUCAGAUGAAGACAUCAUCAACAUCACUCUUCCCACUGGAGUUCCAAUUCUGCUGGAGCUGGAUGAGAACCUGCAGGCUGUUGGACCUCACCAGUUCCUGGGUGACCAAGAGGCCAUCCAGGCAGCCAUUAAGAAAGUAGAGGAUCAAGGAAAAGUGAAAAAAAACAAAAAAUAAAGUGCUUCCCAAGUGCAGGCGAGCAAUAGAUGUAAAAGGACUGGUGUGCAUUGUGUUCUGAGUGCUAAUUUCUCUUUCUUUCUUCCCUGAUUGUCCAGAUUUUUCCAUGCUGUGCGAUAGAGUUUAUAGGUAACUUAUCCUGGCCCAGAUAAACCUUUAGGAUGCCUAAGUGCUUAUGCAUAAGCCUUAGUAGUUAGCUUUCCUACUAGUCUUGUUUGAAUUAAGUUAUCAAACUAGUAACCAGUGGGGUUUAAUCAAGGUCGUUUUGUUAAUUAUAAGAUGGGAGAGUAAUAAGUGGAAAUGGAGAUGAAGUUUACAGUAUUCAUCAUUAAAUAAAUCAUUACUGAGUCACCACUGGCAGGCACUAUUCCAAAAAAUGGCUUACUUUUUUAUUUAAUAAGACUUUUUGAGAUGAUAAGAAUUACUGGUAACACACUACGCGUAAGUAUUUAUUUCUGGUCUUUUCCUCCAGGAAAAGGGAUGCUUUGGUAAUUUAGACCAGCAGUCCAUUAAAUGGGAAUGUCACAGGUGGGUUCCUUCAAGAAUGCCACCAACCAGUACAACAGCAGCAAGAAGGAGCCUUUAACUUUCCUUAGUCCAGAGCCAUCCUUUCUUUGGUAUUCACUAGAAUUCUUUGGUCACUAGAAUAAGCAGGAUAUAGACAACCGUGACUAUGUUUGCUUUUUGUUUUGUUUUAUUUUUCAACUUUUAAUCUUUGGGCACUUAAAAGUUGCUUUAAAAUAAAGUUCUGUUACUGAACAUGA